CUAAGCAGCUAGGUUUUCUGAGAGAGAGUAAGCGCGAGGGAGGGAGGGAGCAGAAGAGCUUAAAUUGCGUUGCGUUGCGUUGCGUUGCGUUGCGUUGCUAAGGCAUUUCUCUCUCUAACUCUCUUUCCUUAUUGCUGCGCAAUCCAUAAUAAUGAGCAACACUAAGGACAACUUCAAUGUUGCUGAUCUCACUGCUGCUUUGAAUGCUGGGGACCGAGCAGACCUUGUCAAUGUGCUCAAAAAUAAACUUCAUGAUCUUACUGGGAAGCACUCAAACGUGACUGAAAGUUUGUCCCCGAAUGUGAGAAAACGUGUUGAAGCUCUGAGGGAGAUUCAGACUGAACAUGACGAAUUGGAGGCAAAAUUUUUUGAAGAGAGAGCUGCACUUGAAGCCAAAUACCAGAAGUUGUAUCAGCCACUAUACACAAAGAGAUUUGAAAUUGUGAAUGGGGUUGUUGAAGUUGAUGGGGCUACAACUGAGGCUGCAGCAGCAGACAAGCAGGAGGAUAAAGAUGCAGUGGAGAAAGGAGUCCCUGAUUUUUGGCUCACUGCUAUGAAGAAUAACGAAGUGCUUGCUGAGGAGAUUACCGAGCGAGAUGAAGAAGCUCUCAAAUUCCUCAGGGAUAUAAAGUGGUCGAGGAUUGAUGAUCCGAAGGGUUUUAAGCUUGACUUUUUCUUUGAGACUAAUCCUUACUUCAAGAACUCUGUGCUGACCAAAACAUAUCACAUGAUUGAUGAAGAUGAACCAAUCUUGGAGAAGGCAAUUGCGACUGAGAUAGAAUGGUAUCCAGGAAAAUGCUUGACACAAAAGAUUCUAAAAAAGAAGCCGAAGAAGGGGUCAAAGAAUGCCAAGCCUAUCACUAAAACGGAACAAUGUGAAAGUUUCUUCAACUUCUUUAGUCCACCUCAAGUGCCAGAGGACGAAGAGGAUAUUGAUGAAGAUGCUGCUGAAGAACUUCAGAAUUUGAUGGAACAAGACUAUGAUAUUGGGUCAACAAUCCGAGAUAAAAUCAUUCCACAUGCAGUGUCAUGGUUCACUGGGGAAGCUGCUGAGGAUGAUUAUGCUGAGUUGGAAGAUGACGAGGAUGAAGAUGAUGAUGAAGAGGAUGAUGAGGACGAGGACGAGGAAGAGGAGGAUGAAGAAGAUGAUGAGGACGAAGAGGAGGAUGAGGAUGAGACUAAGACCAAGAAGAAGACAUCUGCUGUGCCCAAGAAGAGCGGAAGAGUACCUGCAGCAGCAGAUGGUCAGUCCGGCGAGAGGCCACCAGAGUGCAAGCAACAGUAGGCUCUUAUUGAGACUGAUUCAAUGUGAUGAGAAGAUUGUGCAAUAUGGUUGGCUUUUGUUAUAUAAGGAAUUAUGCUAGAACAAUCUGUCAGAAUCAUUUUCUUCUUCUAUUCAUUCCAUCUUUUUUUGCCUUUUCUUUUUUCAAUUUUUGAGGGAGAUAGAAUGUGUGAUGAUAAGAGUCAGACCUGUUUUGUGAUUCUUUAAAUGUUUCUUUGAAUUGGAGAGCUCAAAUUUUGCUAAAAGGUUUAUUUGAUAAUUCAGGGAAUGGUUUGUACAA